GUCAAUGUUGAGUGAAGUUUCAACCUGUGAGCAAGUCAAGGCUGGAGCUGGAAAGCAAAAUGCUGGAGAAGAUUCAGAAGGCGCUCACGAUUCGUAGCGGCACCAUCAGGGAGCUGCUGGCAGAAGCGCUGGGGAUGUUCAUCCUCAUGGUCUUUGGCUUGUCUUCCGUGGCACAAGUGGUAUUAGGAAGAGGAGACUUUGGGCAGCAUCUGAGCAUCAAUUUGGGAUUUGGCAUUGGUGUUACCCUGGGCAUCCAUGCAGCUGGAGGAAUCUCUGGAGCUCAUCUGAAUGCUGCCAUCACCCUCACACACUGCAUUUUAGGAAACCUCCCUUGGAGAAAGCUCCCAGCUUAUCUGAUCGGCCAGUUCCUGGGCUCCUUUACGGCCCCAGCCACUGUCUUUGGCCUCUACUACGAUGCUCUGUAUGACUACACCAAGGGGAACUUUACAGUGACGGGACCAACUGCCACGGCAUCUAUCUUCUCCACUUACCCCGCUCCCUAUGUAUCCUUGCUGGGGGGCUUCUUCACAGAGUUUACGGCAACAGUGAUGCUGAUGCUGGGCAUUCUGAUCAUCCAUGACGAGAAAAACAACGGAGCCCUGAAAGGCACGCAGGCCCUGCUCACGGGUAUCCUGGUCCUGGGCAUCGGCCUGGGGAUGGGGAUGAACACAGGCUAUGCCAUAAACCCCUCUCGGGACCUGCCCCCCAGGGUCUUCACGGCAAUUGCUGGCUGGGGAAUGGACGUCUUCACGGCUGGACAUUGCUGGUGGUGGGUCCCACUCACAGCUCCGAUUCUGGGAAGUCUUGCUGGUGUUUUAAUCCACAAACUCUUCAUUGAUUUUCAUAACCAACCUGUCCCGGAAAGUGGAAACGAGAAAGGACAGCCAGCGGUGGAGACUUCUACGUUGUGA